UAGGUUUUGUAGAAUCGACAUCUCUAUAGUUGCGCCUGAUAACAGAAGAUCGCACAUUCGCAACAUCUAAUAUUUUUUACAUUUUACAGAUUAUUGCAUUUAUUAGACAAUAACGAUGUAUGCGAGACUGCUGCGCAGCGUUGGAGCAAAUGCCAGGUGCUUUGCAACAGAAGCUACACCGAAGGUGCGUCCGAUUAACAAGAUUCUCAUAUCCAACCGAGGCGAAAUUGCCUGCAGAGUCAUCCGCACUGCUAGAAAACUAGGGGUCCGCACGGUUGCCGUGUUCUCAGAUCCGGACGAGAAAAGCCUACACACGCAACUGGCCGAUGAGGCUUACCGAGUAGGAGAGGCUGCCUCUUCUGCGUCAUACCUUCGAGGUGAGCACAUCCUGGAAAUAGCCAAGCAGUCGGGUGCACAAGCCAUUCACCCGGGCUACGGCUUUCUUUCGGAGUCAGUGGAAUUUGCGGAGCUUUGUCAGCGCGAAGGCGUCAUCUUCAUGGGACCGCCUAGCUCCGCCAUCCGUGACAUGGGUAUAAAGAGCACAAGCAAGGCUAUUAUGGCCGCGGCUGGAGUACCUAUCAUCAAUGGCUACCACGGUGAUGAUCAAUCGGACGAAUGCCUCCAAAGAGAAGCCAAGGCAAUAGGUUUUCCUUUGAUGAUCAAGGCAGUGCGCGGAGGCGGUGGCAAGGGAAUGCGUAUUGCCGAAAAUCCGGAAGACUUUCUAUCAGCUCUCAACUCUGCACGCACCGAAUCGCAAAAGUCUUUUGGAGAUAGCUCAGUACUUCUAGAGCGAUAUGUUCGAUCGCCUCGCCAUGUUGAAGUGCAGGUCUUUGCGGAUCAGUAUGGCGAUGCUGUUUAUCUUUGGGAGCGCGACUGUUCCGUUCAGCGCCGCCAUCAGAAGAUCAUUGAAGAGGCACCAGCGCCUGGUCUAUCGGAGGAGCUGCGUCGUGAGCUGGGCGAAGCCGCUGUUCGCGCUGCUAAAGCUGUGGGCUACGUUGGAGCCGGUACAGUAGAGUUUAUUCUUGACAAAGAGGAUCUUUCCUUCCACUUUAUGGAAAUGAACACCCGGCUGCAGGUUGAGCAUCCUAUCUCCGAGAUGAUAACGGGCACCGACCUGGUCGAAUGGCAGAUACGGGUAGCUGCCGGCGAGCGUUUGCCACUAAAACAGGAGCAGAUCACCCGCAAUGGCCACGCAUUUGAGGCCCGCAUCUACGCCGAAAAUCCACGGGGAGGCUUUUUGCCCGGAGCAGGUCCCUUGCGUUACCUGUCAACUCCGCAUCCUAGUGCCGAGGUGCGUGUGGAAACAGGCGUUCGCGAGGGAGAUGAGGUGUCUGUGCACUAUGAUCCCAUGAUUGCAAAGCUGGUCGUGUGGGGCGAAAACCGAUCGCAGGCUCUGAACUCCUUGAUCGCUCGGUUGCGCGAAUAUCAUAUCUCUGGACUGGACACAAACAUAAACUUUCUUAUAGAUUUGGCAUCUCACCCCGAGUUUCAGUUGGCCAAUGUCCACACGGGUUUCAUUGACGAGCACUUCGACAGCCUUUUCCCUCCAAUUGUUAUCAGUCAGCAACAGGUGAGCCAGGCUGCCCUGGCCCUGGUUUUCAAUGAGUUACAAGCAGCCUUUAGCAACAGCAACGGUAGCCAAGAUCCAUUUUCUUCAGCCGCUAACGCGCGUCUUAACUAUGCCUUAAUCCGGACAUAUAACUUGAGAGCCAAUGAUAAAGUUUAUUCCGUUGCCGUCAAAUACGAUGGCGAGGAUGUGCAAGUCCAGGUGGACGACGGGAGCUGGCAGGUGAUUAAAGCCCAGAGAGUGGAGGAUGGCGUGCGACUAAAAAUACGUGCUAAUAUCGACAACAACAUUUCUACGUAUAACGCCAAUAUUGACGGAGCUAGCAUUAGCUUGUUCCUUGAGAGCGGUAAGGUGGACUUUGAGUUGGUGCAACCAAAAUUCUUGAGUGCCCAAGUUGAUCAGUUGGGGGGUGGUGGCUCCCGCGUUGUCGCUCCGAUGCCAGGAGUACUCGAAAAGGUUCUGGUGAAGCCAGGAGACCAGGUUAAGAAGGGCGAUAGCCUGGCUGUGCUGAUUGCCAUGAAAAUGGAGCACAUAUUGAAGGCACCAAAGGAUGCCACCGUGAAGUCUAUUGGCGGAGCUGAGGGAGAUAACGUGGCCAAGGGGGCUGCGGUAAUCACAUUCGUUGACGAAGAAGCUGCUAACUAAAGUGCUAAUCCCCAUUUCGUACCACGGAUUUUGUUGCAUUUAUCUACAAUAAUUAUUUCAGGGAUAACAAUGUGCAUUUAUUAGAGUUAAGCUUAAGAACCUGUCCAUAUAAUGGAGUCUUGUUGUAUUUUGUCCCUUGGCAUUAAAAAUGUUUUGAACUGUUGAACACAAA